CAAGGUUUUGUAGUUGAUGUACAUAUGGUGUAAUCUGGAUUUUAGGAUAAUAUUCUUUCAGAAUAUGUUGGAAAAGAAGCUGGCCAAAUAAGGUUUGAUAACAGUUUUUAAUAGGCAGAUCACAACUACAGCUCAGCUGGCAUGAUUAGUCCAUAUAGCUGACAGUAAUCAUGUCAGAAAAAGUAUGUCAGCAUUGUGGCUGCAAUGAAAUUGACAUUGAUCCAAGCAGAGGGGAUGCAGUCUGUACGAGCUGUGGGUCAGUUUUAGAGGAUCAGAUUAUUGUCUCAGAAGUACAGUUUCAGGAGAAUGCAGCUGGUGGUGCUUCUGUCAUUGGACAGUUUGUUUCCAAUGAUGGAACAAAGUCUCAUUCAUUUGGAGGAACUUUCUCUCAUGGAAUCGGAAGAGAGUCCAGAGCAGUCACACUGCAGAAUGGAAAGCGAAAGAUUCAAGAAAUUGGAGCACAGCUUCGACUAAACCAACACUGCAUGGAUACUGCAUUUAACUUCUACAAAAUGGCAGUGACCAAACGGCUAACUCGUGGUCGGAAGAUAACACAUGUAAUUGCUACAUGUCUUUAUCUUGUUUGCAGAACAGAAGGAACACCUCAUAUGCUUCUGGACUUCAGUGAUGUGCUACAGGUGAAUGUUUAUAUGCUUGGGAAGACAUUUUUACACAUCUCUAAGGAACUCUGCUUGAAUAUUCCUGCCAUAGAUCCAUGCCUGUAUGUGCCUAGAUUCGCUCACAAGCUUCAGUUUGGAGAAAAGACCCAUGAAGUCUCUAUGACAGCUCUGCGCUUGGUGGCCAGAAUGAAGCGUGACUGGAUGCAUACAGGGCGCAGGCCCUCAGGUUUAUGUGGUGCAGCUCUCUUGGUGGCUGCACGAAUGCAUGACUUUGCCAGAUCUGUCAAGGAAAUAAUAAAAGUGGUCAAAGUUUGUGAAGCUACUAUCCGUAAAAGGCUUAUGGAGUUUCAUGAUACUCCAUCAUCUCAGCUGACUAUUGAAGAGUUUCACAACAUUGACCUCGAAGAAGAGCAGGAUCCACCAUGUUUCACAGAGGGAAAAAUGAGAUCAAAACUGGCACAGCUUGAAGAACAAAAUCCUCAAUUGACAAAUCAGCUAGCCAAUGAAGUUAGCAACCUCCAACAAGAGAUUGAGAAAUCACUUGAGCCCAAAAAACCACGGGGUAUCUUUGCAGCAUAUGCAAAAAUGGUAGAUGACAGUCCUAAUAAUGACAUUGAUGAGGUCACAAAAUUUAUCGAGGAAGAAACAUUGAGAUUCGUUGACGGCAUUGAUCUGGCUAAUCAGCCAUUGAUUGAAGUCAGUGAAAACAAACCUGAGAUCUCCCAACUAGCAGAAAGUGCUCUUGAUGGAGGGGAUUUUAACAGGAGUCUGCGAGUCUCAAACCUUGCCCCAACAGCAGCCAGUCUUGGCAUAAAAGAAAUGGUUGAGGAGUGCAUAACAUCAAAAGAAAACAAAGCUGGAGAGUCAGUAGUUGGAGGUGAACUUGAUCUAGAUGGUAUUGAUGACAGUGAACUUGAUAAGUUUUUACUAAGCGAGGAAGAGGUGCGUGUCAAGACAAAGAUAUGGAUGAGAGAAAAUGAAGACUACUUGAAAGCACAAAAAGAAAAAGAAGAGAAAAAACAGAAAGAACAAGAAGAAGCAGGACAAAAAUUAGAAAAAAAGAAAAGAAAGCACAAAAAGAGGAAUCAACUGACAGAGGCUUCUUCAGCCAGAGAGGCACUAGCCAUGAUAAUACAGGAAAGAAAGUUGUCAAAUAAAAUUAAUUAUGAGGUGCUGCAUGACCUCAACAUUCAGGCAGCACAGACAGACAAAGAAAAAAUUCAUGGUUUAGGUGGAAGUCCUGCUGAUAAUGAAAAAAAUCAGAAAAAGGAGCCAACAUUAAAUAGAUUCAAACGUCCCAGCCUAUUCACAGAUAUUAAAGUUGAGUCAGUGCACAAGAAAAUCAAAAUUCAAGAACCCAUCGAGGAGAAGCAGAAGAUAAAAGGAAGUGAUGAUGUGGCUUCAGUAGUUGUGGUUGAAAGUGGCCCAGUUCAGUAUGAGGAGCCAGAAGAGGAGGAAUUAGCUGAAGAGGAUGAAGAGGAAGAGGAGGCUGAACUCAGUGCACGAGAUUACUUUGCUAUCCCAGAAACGACAUAUGAUGAAGAGGGCUAUGAAGAUGAUUAUUAAUAAGAAGGUGAUCAACGUUUAAACCAUAUGGAUACUGUAGAAGAUGUUUUCAAAAACUUAUCACAUGCUUUUUCAAUUCUGUAAAAUAUUCUUUUGCUGGUCUCAGGGAAGAUGUUGAGAGGCAGCCCCUAGAUCCAUGGCUUUGUAGCAAAAUGUUGUACAUUUUGUAAAUAAGUUACAAAUUAAAUCUACAUUUGUUGUAGUCUUCAUAGAAGGUAGCUACCAAAAAUUGUGGCGUGAAAAUUUAAGGUAUUUUUUUUUUGUUUGUUGUUGUUUUCUUUUUAAAGUAUAUUGAACGUUCAGUUAUAGGGAACAAACAGAGAAACCUGCUCUAGUCUGUUGUAGCUUAAUUGAUGAUGCAUAGUCAAGAAGCCACAUAUAUUUCUUUGCUAAGCUAAAAAAAAAUUGUAAAAAGUUAAUACAAAGGGAGUUGGGAGGUCUAAUAUUUUAUUUACAGUAAGAGUGAAUCAUGCAUGAACUGAGGCAAGCUAGGAAUGUGAGGUUUUGGAAUUUGUGUGCUGGUUUCGUGAUCUCUCGGUCCAUGAUAGGAAUAGUCUGAACAGUCGUGUCCACAUCUGUUCUAAGAUAAUUUUUAUCAAACAGAGAGAUUUGGCUUCUUUCUGUGACCAACAAAUAGUAAGGAAAGCUUCUUGCAUUUACUCAUUACCUGAACAUGUACUAACAAGAGAAUUUGUAUUAUUAAGCUCAGGUAAACACUAUGCUGUGCCUAUAUGUAAAAGUAAUAGACACCUGAAAUCGUUUGUGUCAUCUGCAGUCGAGCUGCUCAACCUCAGAUGAAGUGUCAGUGGGGGUUGUGUGUGUGUGUGUGCGAUGCAAUAGGUGAACACAUGAUUAUUCUUAAUCUAAGUUUGUUGUUUAUUUAUUAUAUAUAUAAUUGUCACUUGCCUUCGUUUUUCAUGCUGACAUCCUUUAACGCUGCACCUUGCAACAAACUUCAUUUCUUAUUUUUAUUUCUAACUUUUACUUUGUAACUAGAGCACCUUCCCAUGUUCAAAUUGCCCAAUAGGACAAAUAAAGUUGGUCAUCGUCAUUGUCGAAUUAAGAAAUAUAUCACAGAAAUAAAGCAGGAACAGGUUUGUUAAAUUUAUUAACUGUAGAUAUGAGUUUUCAUGUGAACAUGAGUGCAGUCUUUUACCUCCUCUCAUAUCUGUAAAUGAGGGCAUUAAUUGAUCAUGUGUUUGCUACAUGUGUACUCAUCAUAAAAUACAAUCAUAGUAAAGAUACCAAACUGAUUCUUUUUUAAACCACAAGUAAUGUUGAUUUAGGAUAUUUUAGCAUGUAAAAAGUUCAAUAAUGAAAUAAAGAUUAAAUACAGGGUGCAAUCUGAAUGUAUGUAAAUAUAUUUAAUAAUGAUCACAAGCUGGGCUAAGAGGCAGAUGACAGAGUUCUCUGCAUUUUACAGUGAUCUGUGAAAUUAUUUUAUGAAGUGUAUGAUAGAAAUGUAGUAAUUGUGUUUUGCUUGUUGUAGCAAUAUGCAGUCAUGUACAUUGUCUUUGAAUAGUAAUUGUACAGACUUAAAUAUGUACAGAUUGGUGGAUUUGCUGAAUGUACUGGAGUUGAAUCUGCAUAAAAGAGAUGAAUGCUUUAAAUAAAGACAGUCUGAAAUAAACCAUUGAAUGGCUUUCAGCACAACUUUUCUUGCUUUGUACUGUGCAAGUGUCUUUGUUCGGUGUAUUUUGUUUAGCACCCUGUUGUCAAGAGUUUGUAAAAUGUAUUUACUUGUUUUGAACAUGCUGUUGUCAGUUACAUUCCCCAUUAGUAAGAUAUCUGCUGACAUUUAUGGUUUGUUACAGUGAUUUCUUUAAGGCAGCAGUAAGCUGUCUUGAGAUUCUUCCCAGUAAUGGUUUUCCGUCAUCUGCCCACGCAAACCAAGAAUCUGUUCAGAUUGGGUCAAUUAGCUUGCAGAUUACAGCAGUAUUCAGCAUUAUUAUGUAUCAGCUUUCCAUCAGCCAAUUAGUUCUGACCAGGGAUUUUGUGCGUGGUUUGUUUGAUGGUUUUUUUUGGGUUUUUUUUGGUGUGUGUGUGCCAAUUUUGAGAAUUAAAAGUAAGAAAUGAAAUAUGCUGUUUUUUGAACAAAAUAUUUUAAUAGCUUAUAACAACUUCCGGAGCAUCUUCCAUUGUUUCUCAUGCUGCAACUUGUUUGACACAGAACAUGCUUUGGGCUAACUUUAAGAUGGCCCCAGCUAGUAAGGUUUCUGCUUAACCGUCUGUAUCUCAGGAUUUGAACAAGGAAUUUUCAGUGCUGAACUUAAUGCUGUCCACAGAUAAGAAGGUUCCAGGUUGUACUAAAUUCAUCCUUGUUAUAUUUCACCUUUUUGCCUUCUAUUUGGUCUCAUCUAUAAAGCAGGGGGACUCGUAUUAAGGGUAAUGGUUAGUUGCAGCAUGAAAUGUAUGUGAACAGCCCUUUAAAUGUGUGUAUCAUGUCUCCAUAUAGUUGCUGAAAGUCAGCAGAGGUGUGCAUUAUUUGCUGAAAAUUUACUCACGACUAUUGCUGCUUAUUACCAGUUCUAAUGGGUAUUGACCUUAUAUUGGCAGUGUUUUAUUUAUAUACUUUAAAAGGUCGAUCACCCAGUGUUGUACCUGAUGUAAACUUUCUUAUUUAAGCUUUCUGAAGUGAUGAUAUAUGUAUUCUGAACAUGGUCACGUGUUCAGUGCAUUUCCCCUCAGCGAGAAUCCCAGAGAAUGGGGAAUGAAGCAGACUGUCAUCUUCCUUUUUAUUUCACCACUUUCACUGCAUUAGCAAAAUAAGUCGUGCAGAGAACUCAAAAACUAUUGUGCAGGUGGAGCAAAGUGAGCAUGAUGAGGAUGACAUUUUAAAAAUAUUUUUGAAGAGUGUAGAAACUGAGAAAACUUUGGAGCAAUAAUGCUUCUGUCUCCUGCAUAAGUAUUAUCAGAACUUUUCUUUAACAACAUUUUAAAAUGUUUUUUUUUUAUCACAGGGUAGGAUAAGAGGGGCGAGUGAGAUAUAAGUUUAGAUGUGCAACUGUCAGAUGAUUAAUCACUUUUCUUCUCACAUACGUAAGGGUGGAAUUGAUGUACAUGAAUUGCUUACUGGGUGGAUGCGUUUAAUUUUUUUAGCCGCUUUGUAAAAUCUUUGUUUAUACUUUCAUUGUCAGAGUCAUGACAAACAGCCAGUGCCUCAUAAAUAUUCCUCUCCAGUAUACAGUUUUUGAUGUGCUUUCUCAGAGUGGUGUAACUUAAUUGCUGACAUUUGAGAUUAAAAGGAUGUAAUAUUCACUAUAUCCUGUAA